AGCGGAAGUGGCCGUGUUGUGGCGGAAGUAGAUGCUUUGUGGGGGCCGCCGGCGCUGAAAGGAACGUGGCCGGCAAAGAUGAUUCAAGCGAUUCUGGUUUUCAACAACCACGGGAAGCCGCGGCUGGUCCGCUUCUACCAGCGUUUCCCAGAAGAAAUUCAACAGCAGAUUGUCCGAGAGACCUUCCACCUAGUUCUCAAGCGAGAUGACAACAUCUGUAACUUCUUGGAAGGUGGAAGUUUGAUUGGUGGCUCCGACUACAAACUCAUCUAUCGGCACUAUGCUACACUGUACUUUGUGUUUUGUGUGGAUUCAUCCGAGAGUGAACUUGGAAUCUUGGACCUCAUCCAGGUUUUUGUGGAGACCCUGGAUAAGUGUUUUGAAAAUGUUUGUGAGUUGGAUUUGAUCUUCCAUAUGGAUAAGGUGCACUACAUCCUUCAGGAGGUGGUGAUGGGUGGGAUGGUGUUGGAAACCAACAUGAAUGAAAUCGUGGCUCAGAUCGAAGCUCAAAACAGGCUGGAGAAAUCCGAGGGUGGCCUGUCAGCAGCCCCUGCCCGGGCCGUGUCCGCUGUGAAAAACAUCAAUCUGCCGGAGAUUCCUCGGAACAUCAACAUUGGUGAUCUCAACAUCAAAGUCCCCAACCUGUCCCAGUUUGUCUGAGGGUCCACGACUACCGAACUGGAGCCCUUGAAACCAGCCAAGCCAGUCCUGCCACAGAACGCACUCUGAGCCUUAGAAGGGUCGAGCCCCUUCUAAGGGUCAGGUCGGCCCUGACCCUGGCUGCCGUGGAGUCGGGGGUGGGGGGAGCCCUGGGUUCACCGCUAAGCAUGUGCUCGGUUCUCACCUGUGCCGACUUGCUGGCCUCUGAUACGUGUAGCCACCGCAGACGUGAGGGGGGCCCCUGGCCUCCGUGGGGUCAGCGUGCCCCAGCCACUCGUACCUUUACCUCCUGCAUGUAGCCGCUUCCAGGGACUGGGCGCUGUACUGGGGCCCUCCUGCUUCCUAGAACCCGCCACCAGGAUAUUGUCUGACGAGAGUCUUUCUCCUUAGUACCACGAGGCUUCCGCGGUCCUAUAGCGUUCACUUUUGCUGGUGAGAUGCCAUAGGUAGUGAAGGGCCGACCCUUAGGGGAUGCGGUGAGUGGCAGAGAAGGGCAGAGUUUUAUGAGAACCCAGAGUUGCCUUCUGGCUGUACUGUGUAGGCAAGCUUGCUGGUUACCCCGCCCCCAGAACACGUCCCCCACCGCCACAGUCCUUGCACAGGGCGCCAUCCAAACCACGAACCUGGUGCAUGCUGAUAGGGAGAACGCCCCCUUCCCCACGGCCAUGUCUCCGGCACAGCCCGAGGGUCCCUCAGCAAAGGGGAGAGGCCCGUGUCUGUGGAAGGUAAAGCUGACAACAUGUGAAACGUCUCAGAAUUAUGACUCUUUCCAGGUUUAAAAUACAUUCUUCUGAUGAGCAGACGGUCAGUUGCUGUGUUAGAAGUGACGGGUUUUCUCCAUACGGGAGAGCCACUGCUGCCUGCACCAGCCUGUGGAGCACGAGAGCUGGGAUCACUGGUUCUAGAACGGGCACUGGGAAGACUGGGGACACGGGAAGUGUGCUGACUGAGACCCGUGGCUCUGCGGUGUCUUGUCCCCACUGUGGGAGGAGCCCCUCCCUGUUCCCCCCAGGUGACAUCCUCCCACGGUUGGCUUCGGAAACUUGUAAAUGUUUACGUGUGAUGAGUGUCUUUCUGUGGUUAACGUGGAGCUAAAACUGCUCCUCCGAGUAGUGCCUCUUGCCGCGCUGCCCCGGGUUUAGGGAGCUCGCUGCGUCACCACGGCGACGUCUCCCAGCCAGGGGGCUUCCCGUGCCUGCCGGCGGGGGGGCCCCCCGGACCGCUCCAAUGUCCUGCUGCCGCUGCAGAGCCCGUCUGAGAUGGUGCCCCCCCCCCCCCCCCCCCCCCCCCCCCGGCGGCCCCGCGGGGGGGGCCCCCCCCCCCCCCCCGCCCCCAGGACCGCGGUGCUCCCGUGCUUGGUGCCCUCUGCUCCCCACAGCCUCCUGUGCUCACUCGGGCAGACCCUCCCCGGUAGCCUCCGGGACGGGCGGGCGAUCAGAAGGAGGCCCUCUGUCCAAAGAGGGAGAGGAAGGUCUGAUAGCAUUCUUUUGAAGGGUUUGGGAUUUCUGUAACAGUCGCUUCAGCACGUCCGUGUCCCUCUCUCACGUUUGCUAAGUGUGGAAUAAGAAAGGAGGAGCACGGAUGUGAGGCGGUGUGAGCAGGACCUUCCCACAGGCCUUACAGCCUUACAGCGGGCAUCAUCGUCCCCAUUCCGCAGGGACAGUAAGAGACAGGUCGAGUAACCUGCUUUGCGUCGCACGGGGCUGAGAAUUGAGACUGACCUGCCUAAGUCCAAAGUCCGUUUUCUUUCACUGCUCAAGACGGCUUCUUCCAAUUUUAUCCUCUUUGUUCUAGAUAAGGAAACUGAGUCCCAGAGAGAUUAGUAGCCUCUCACAAACCCUGAUGAAACCAAACCUGGUUUGCUAAGGGGGCCAGUGACGACGUCCUCAGAGGGCGAAAGCUGGAGGCUUUCGGAGAGCUGAUGAGCAGCCCAGAGUAUUAAGUGUUGUGCUGAGGGUCAUGAAGCUAGAACCUGGUCAUUUCUCUGGAGUUUACGUAUUUGUGUUGUGGUUUAAUGCAUCAGUGCAGGGCACCUGUCUGGCCCGGAUUUCCCAGGACAGCCUUCGAAUGUCUACCUGUCAGAAACCGAUGUUUUCUGGUUUCAGCUCUCUUCCCACAGACCACUGACUGGUCCCGGAGACUCCAACCAGUGAGCAUCCCAUCCUUACCCCUGAAGCUGCCUCUAAAAAAAUGGCCUGAAACUUCAGCCUGGUUUUUUAUUUGCAAAAGUCCAUCCCUUGGACAAGCCACGGUAAUCGUUCGUUAGCCACUCGAGGUUGUCUGCAAAUCCAGCUAGCUCUCUUACGUGCUUCGAGCAAAGCCAUAAACUUUUUUUGUUGUUGUUUUAAUAAGAGGAAAUCGUAUGCUGUUUUUGAAGAAAGAUACAGAUACUGCAGCUGAGAGAUUCAGUUAGGAAAAUAGGGACUGGGCCUAAAUUUGAGAGUCCUUGGUCCUGGAUGAUUGAUGCUGAGGGUUUCCUGAAGUGGAACAGAAUACUGGGUUUCCAGGGCUCACGGCCCGUAAUUAAAACCAAAAAUUCUGUUGCGCAGUUUGUAAGCGCCUGGUGCGUGCCAGGCUCAGUCCUAGGCACCGAAGACGGAGAGAUCUGAGGCUCAGCUCCCGCCGUUGUCUCCGCCGAGGACCCCGGAGUGCCCAGAUUGAGCGACUGGAAGCCUGAAUCUGUAGUGACCGGAGUUGGUGGCUGUUCUGUGGAAUAGUUAAAGGACAAGAACCCAUUUGCCACCCCCGGCAGCCUCCGUCGUGCCCCGCUGGGCCAUGCUCCAAACAGCCCUUGUGCAAGCUGCUGUAACAAAAAGACUGGCUGGUGGCUUAACAUUUCUCACAGUUCUGCAGUCUGAUCAAGAUCGAGGUGCCAGCAGAUUUGAUGUCUCUGAGAACCUGCUUCCUGUUUCACAGGCUGCCAUCUUCUUGCUCUGUCCUCACAUGGCGGAGAGAGAAGGCUCUUUGCUCUUCUUCCCCUUAUAAGGGUGCCAGUCCCAUCAUGGGGGCUCCACCCCACGACCCCAUCCAAAUCUAAUCACGUCCCAAAGGCCCCCCCCCCCCCCCCCCCCCCCCCCCCGCCCCAGAUACCAUCCCACUGGGGAUUAGAUUUCAACGUAGGAAUCUGAAGGACGCAGACAUUCAUCCACAGGUCACCUUAUUAUCUGUCCUCUUGGCCUACACGGCCGUGUGCUUGUCACAUGAGGAUUAAUUCGGGAUCUCUUGAGGCUUCUCAAGCCCCUGUUAUUCAGGCCUCUGCCCCUUACAAAGCCGGCCCUUCCUCGCCGCCACCUCCACGGAGCCACACUAGCGAAGCGCUCUCUGGCCCCAGCUCCACCCAAGACCACGGAGCGCGCCGGCUAAAUCCUGUCUGGUGGACCGGUCUUUAGUAGGGCAUUUCCUUCGUGUAGCCGUCCGUCCGUGGCUUUCCAAAUAGGAUGCAUCAGUGGCGCCUGAUGAUAAAAAUCGGGGUGAACGUGACAGCCAAGAUGGAGAGCCACUUACGAAUGAGAGACCGGGGCGUUGUCGGCUCCCAGCGAGGACCCUGCUCUUCAGCCUUCCCUGUCCUCUACCUGGUCUCCUAGGGGCACCUGUCUCGCUGCGCUGAGGACCCUGCUCACGUCGCUUUGCCCUCUCGGGAGUGCAGCAGGGCUCCCGUCUGCUCUGACCUGGCAGUGGCUGCCAGAGAUGCAGACAGGCCCUCUCUAGGGAAAUAGUUCCACGAGAAUAAUUAAUCUUUUCCAAAAGACUGGGUACGUUCUUUCCUAUUCAAUGAGUUAAUGUUUUAAAAAGGAAGUACAUUCAUGUAGUUCAAAAUUUAAGAUAACAGAAGCCUGUUCAGCCAGAUUCCCACCGUGUUCCCACAGACCACCAAGUUACCCCCCGACCCCGUGGCAACAAGUGUUUCCAGUUGAAAGGAUUAAGAAAUAAAGUCCCUGGGUUUUUAUUACCAAA